AUGGGCCACCUGCAGGUCGCUAGUAGCGAGGCUGCUGGGGAGCGGCAGUUUUCUUCCUUAAGGACGAGCAGGGCGAGAAGGGCGUGCGUCGUGGGCUGCUUAUGGGUCGGUAGCAGGUCGGUAGCAGGUCGCUCGCAGGUCAGCCAGGUCGCUCGCAGGUCAGCCAGGUCGCUCGCAGGUGUGCAUUGUGCAGCCAUCACUUUCCAUUGUUGGCCCUCCAUUCCCUCCCCCCUAAACUUUCUCGUCCCCAACCCUGUCUCCUCCAUACACAUGCGCUCUCCUUUCCCCUCCCCCAUUCCAUUCCCCUUCAACGUCUCCUCCCCCAUCCCCAUCCCCAUCCCCAUCGUCAUUCCCCCCUUCCCAUGUGUGCUGUGCAAAGUUCAGCCAGCAGCGUCCAUCACUCUGCUCCAAUCCGCCUAUCCUGCACUCCCCUCGCUUUUCUCUCCCUCUCUCUGCCCUACCUCUAAUUUCCCUCCCUCAUUGCAUUCCUCCCUCUUCCCUCCUCCCUCCUCCCUCCUCCCUCGUCCCUCCUCCCUCCUCACUCCUCCUCAGCAACAGCUCCCCAGUUAUCAGCACAUCAUUGAUCUUCUAUCACAUUAUGGCGCGGUGCUUUGCCAUGCAACUCACCCGCCCUACCCUUCUUGCCCAUGCCCGUUGCUCUUUCUCCCUUACACCUCGCCGCACAAUUCGAGCUCUUUCGACACGCGGGGAAACGGAGCCACAGCAUGCAGCUCAUUCACCUACUUUCCACCACGCCUCCCUCCUUCCACCGUCCCACAGGCCCUCCAUCACCCCUCCGUCGUUUUCUUGUGCUCGUUGCUUCUUCAUCCGUUCCUUUCCCCUCUUUCCCUUCCUCCCAUCCACCAGCUUCAUCUCUUUUCUCCCCCGUGCUGCUUCUCCCACCCACCCCCCUCGUCGCACACACCCCCAUCUUCAGCGCAUGAUGGCAUGGCGCCAUGGUGUGCACUUGUCCCCGCCAAACCUCCUCCGCGCCCCCCCGGGCUGCCACGGCACGGCAGUGCCAUUCACUUCCAUUCCCUCGUGCCCUCCUCCCUGGUUGCUGGCGAGGUGACGGGUGAGGCCGGUGGCGAGCGCAAUGAGUGGAUGGUGGGGAGAGGUGCUAGAGCAUGA